GUCGAAGGUUGUACGCGCGGAAUAUACAUGUGGGAUACUCCUUUUAUUCACGAAGGGAAGCGCGUAAUAGUACUUGAUUGUGAAGGAAUAGACGAUCCUAAGCAAGAUCAAGCCUGGGCUGUUAAACUUUUUAUCAUCUGUUUGAUUGUCUCGUCAACUUUCAUUUACAAUAUAAACGGGAUUGUUGGAAGAGAUGAUAUCGGAAAACUCUAUCUGAUGACGGACUUAAGUAAAUUUAUUCAACCACCAGCUGAUUGUGAUUUCUUACCAAGACUAGUAGUCUUGUUGAGAGAUUUUCAACUAGACGAACCCGAGGACUUCAAGAAAUAUUUUUUUGAUAAGUUAAGCAAUGUUAAUGAAGAAAUCGCCAAAGCAAUAGAAGAUUAUUUUGAGGAUUUCAAUGUCUUCGGUCGUUCUCAGUUAAGGAAUCUUGAUAAUGUUUCAACAGAAGACUUAGACGAGGAAUUUAUUACGGAAGUAACAAAAGUUGUACAAUCUAUCUAUUCUAACGUCAAUCCCAAAUACAUUGGUUCAUCUACCAUGACUGGGAUAUCACUUGGAAAAUUCCUGGUAAAUUGUAUCGAAAAGAUGAACGAUCCCGAAAAUUCUCAACAACUAUCCAUUCCAUCUGAAUAUGAGACUAUCAUUCAAUACAUGGCAAUCCAAGCCACUGAGAGAAGUAUUGAAAUUUAUGAGGCGGGGAUGAUUAAUGAUGUAAAGGAAGAAAAUCUACCAUUACUAUGGGACAAAUUUAACGAAAUUCAUAAUCAUCACUUGGACCAAGCUCAAAAUGAAUUCUUUAGUAAGGUUAUUGGUUCACCAAAGCAGAUUCCUGAAUUUACCGAAGAAUUGAAUGUUAAAAUUGGAAAAGUUCGAGAAAAGUAUGUCAAGAAAAAUUCCGAGGCACUUUAUAAGUAUAACUUAGAGUUGGCGGCUCGUCUUUGGAAAACCCAUAUCAAGAGUAGACUAAAUAGAGAGAAUUUAUUCAAGAGCAAAAAUGAAUUUGAUGAGGCGGAGGAAGCUUUUAAGAUUGAAUAUCGAAACCAGAUGAAAGCAUCACCGGAAGCCGGAACUGCAUUCACCGACUUUCUAGAUAAUAAUUAUGAUCAAGCACUAGAAACGCUUAUUCAACUUGGAACACUAAAGGAAGAGCAAGCCAAAGCACUCCGUGAAUUAGAAGAAAUUCAAAAAGAAAAUAUUAAGGCUCAAGAGAGAGUUGUCUCAUUGCAAUCUGAGAUUGAACAAAGUACAUUGGAAAGAAAGCAACAGACAGAAAAAUUAGAACAGAAAAUGAAUAAUAUGAUCGAAAAUAUAGAUAAACAAAGAACCGAAAAUGAUGAAUUGAAAAAGGCAAUAAUGGAACAGCAACAAAAAGCGUUUGAACAUCAGAUGCAAAUUACAGCUGAAAGGGAAAAGUACAUGCAGGAAAUGAUGCAAAAAGAACGAGAGGCUUCGGCAGAGCGUGAGAAAUUAUUGACAAGAUUAGCAGACCGACCUAGUGGUGAUGAUGGUGGUUGUGUAAUGUUGUGA